AUGUCUCAACACGGCCGGCAUGAAGGACGAGCCUCUGCCCAUUCCUUUACAUCGACAGUCCAGACGGAGAGCACCAAGCCGCCGCCAAUCCCUCUAGGACGCUUCUGGAUCCUAUGCGUCGGAGUAUGUCUGGGCCUCUUUCUCUCCAUGGUGGACACGUCCAUCGUCGCCACAUGCCUCUACGCCGUGGGCACCGAGUUCCGUGACCUCGACAGCGUCAACUGGGUCGCUCUCUCCUACACCCUCGCGUACAUGGGAUUUUCUGUCGUCUUCUCUCGCAUAUCAGACAUUACCGGGCGCCGAGAUGCCUUUGUCGUCGCGUACGUCGUCUUCGUGGCCUUCUCGCUGGCAUGCGGGUUCGCCCGGACCUUGCAUCAGCUCAUUGCGUUUCGGGCGCUUCAGGGCAUAGGCGGCUCGGGGCUGUAUUCCCUGUCCAUGGUCAUGCUGUCGGAGCUCAGUCCGGCUCAUUUGAGGCAGUAUAUUGCCGCCAUGAUUGGCCUGGUUGUUGCCAUGUCCGGGGUGUUGGGCCCGGUUCUGGGCGGCCUGCUGGCAAGCUACACGAGCUGGAGAUGGGUUUUCUGGAUCAAGCAUGUCUCUUCUGGUCCCAUCGGGGCGGCAUCGUUGGCCACGUUCGUCGUCAGCUGGCCGAAUCGGAGACACCUCCCGCAUCAUGAAAGGCACUCGUGGAAACAACUGGACUGCCCUGGAGCUUUCCUCACCGUUGCCGCUGCCGUUCUUGUCGUCUUUUCUUUCCAGAACGCAGGGCAAACAUCCGGAAGCGCGUCCCACGGCAACAGCUGGGGCUCGGCCGUCUUCAUUGCACCCCUUGUCGUGGGCGUCGUAUGCUGGGGUGCCUUGAUGCUCUGGGAAUACGGCGUUGAAUACCGCCUGUCGAGACGGUUCAUCCCAGUCCUGCCUCUUGGAAUAUUUCGCAGCGUCGUGUAUACCUCUGGGGUGAUAAACACCCUCCUCCUGGGGCUGCCAUACUUGCUCUUGAUCUAUAUUGUUCCGCUGAGGAUCCAAAUCGUCGGGGUCAAAUCUGCUCUGUUGGCUGGUGUUAUGCUGUUGCCAAUGCUGGUUGCUGUUGCUCUGGGCAGCCUUGUCAGUGGCGCAGUCAACUCAAAGACGCCGGUCAUUACGGAAACACUAUUAGCAGGCUCGUGUUUAAUGGUAUUGGGCUGUGGACUGUUGACGACAUUGUCCACCCAGGAGCUUGAUGGCGCGAAGCUGCUGGGGUUCAUUGCGCUAUGUGGAAUGGGCUUCGGCCUCACGGUGUCGUCAAGCACAAUGAUUGCAUCUAUCAAGGUGGCGCCAAAGCAUUACGCACCGGCUCAGGGCAUUCUUGCUCAACUGCGUAUAUUUGGCGGCAGUUUGGGAAUCGCCGCGUCGACAGCGAUACUCCGGACCAAGACACAGGGAGGCCUGCUGCCUGUCGGGAAACGAGAGUCCCAGGCGCCUGGUUCACAAAGCCAGUCGGUCAAGAUGGCAUUUGCAGAGGCAUUUCGAACGGACAUGAUGGUAGCAACGGCAGUUUCGGGAGCUGCAGUGAUACUAGCACUUGUCGCGUGCUGGCUGCGCCGCAACAAUCAGUCUGAACCUGAGGGGCCCCGGACAAGCCCGGAAAGAAGGACGGGCGAUGAGAAUGAAUGA